AGAUGGCUGUAUCAGGUUCAUUAUGGAGUACUCGCCUGCUUCGGGUGCAAGGGAUUCUUCCGACGAGCAGUGAAGGAUGGUCGAAAUAAGUAUGUUUGCCGAUUUGAGAAGAAUUGUGAAGUCAAUAAAUUUGUUCGGCCCGAUCGAGAGGAAGCCCGUGAGAAGUUGCGAAGUCAGAAAUCCUUACUAGCAAAAAAGAAGAGCAUUGGACGAUCGCUGUCUAAUAAAGUCGACGCAGAUGGCGACUGGACGCUUCAGCUGCCUUCUAACUCCAGAAAAUUGCUGUGUGAUCUAAACGCCCUGGAAAAUGACGUAAUGUCUCUAGCUGUUGGAGGUUAUGAAGCCAUAGCGGAUUUCUCGCUGAAAAGCCUUAUCGCCGAUCGAACACUUGCCAGAAAGAGCACGGUUUGA